UUUAGCUCGGGCUUGGAUCCGGUGCGCAUGCGCAGCCGUUACCAUAACGACCAGAGGACGCCGUAUGGCUGGAUGCCUGAAAGGAAAGAGAAUUGUCUCCUCCUGGUGAUGGAGAACCAAAUUUCGUCCAAGGCCGAGGAGGCUGAGCUGGAGCUUGAGGCUGUGAUCGGCUUCAAUGGACAUGUGCCCACUGGUCUGCUCUGCCAUCCUGACCAGGAGCAUCUGGUUUACCCUCUGGGGUGCACAGUCCUCAUUCAAUCAAUAAACACUAACGAGCAGAAUUUCCUGCACGGUCAUGGCAACAAUGUCUCCUGUGUGACGGUCUCCAAGAGCGGAGCUUACAUCGCCUCAGGACAAAUCACAUUCAUGGGCUUCAAGGCAGACAUCAUUUUGUGGGAUUAUAAGAAGAGGGAGCUGAUUGCUCGGCUGUCACUUCACAAGGGCAAAAUUGAAGCGCUGGCCUUUUCACCAAAUGAUUUGUACUUGGUAUCACUAGGAGGCCCAGAUGAUGGAAGAGAGGCCAUCUGUGGCAGUCCAGCUGCUGGCCUCAGUGUCGGGAAUGCCACCACAGUGAUCUUCUCGGGGAGCCACGAUGAGAUGUUUGUUACUGCUGGAAAGUACGUGUCUGCAGUUGCAGUUUUCAGAACUCAUAAACCACUUUAUUUGCUUGUGCAGAAAGCACGGUCAUUUCAAUUUGGGAGAACAUGUUUUCAGUCCUGGAAAAAUACCUUACGUCAUAAUUUUCAUGAUUUUGUAGUCAUUAAAAAUCCUUUUCAUCGAAAGAAACUCCAGUUACAAGGUGGCAUCACUUCUAUCACGCUUCGCAGGGAAGGACACCAGUUUUUUGUAGGAACAGAAGAAUCACACAUUUAUUGUGUCAACUUCACAGAUUUCAAAGAGACUCUCAUUGCCACUUGUCACUUUGAAGCUGUCCAGGACAUUGUCUUUCCAUUUGGCACUGGUGAGCUAUUUGCCACCUGUGCCAAGGAGGACAUUAGAGUGUGGCACACGCUGUCCAACAAGGAGCUGCUGCGGAUCACUGUACCCAACAUGACCUGCCACAGCAUUGACUUCAUGAGAGACGGCAAGAGCAUCAUUUCAGCAUGGGACGAUGGUAAAAUCCGAGCCUUUGCCCCAGAGACAGGCCGGUUGAUGUAUGUCAUUAACAAUGCCCACAGGAUCGGAGUGACGGCCAUCGCUACCACCAGCGACUGUAAAAGGGUCAUCAGUGGCGGCGGGGAAGGAGAGGUGAGGGUGUGGCAGAUAGGCUGCCGGACCCAGAAGCUGAAGGAGGCCCUGAAGGAGCACAAGUCCUCCGUGUCGUGCAUUCGGGUGAAGAAGAAUGACAAGGAGUGUGUCACAGCCAGCACAGAUAGCACCUGCAUCAUCUGGGACCUUGUGCAUCUUAGAAGGAAUCAGAUGAUCCUGGCGAACACCUUAUUCCAGUGUGUGUGUUAUCACCCUGAAGAGUUCCAGAUCAUCACCAGUGGGACAGACAGAAAGAUUGCUUACUGGGAAGUAUUUGAUGGGUCAGUAAUCAGAGAGUUGGAAGGUUCCUUGUCUGGGUCAAUCAAUGGUAUGGAUAUCACACCGGACGGAGUAUACUUUGUUACAGGUGGAAAUGACCAUCUGGUCAAAGUUUGGGAUUAUAACGAGGGUGAAGUGACUCACGUUGGGGUUGGACACAGUGGCAACAUCACACGUAUUCGGAUAAGUCCGGGAAAUCAGUACAUCAUUAGUGUAAGUGCAGAUGGAGCCAUUCUGAGGUGGAAGUACCCAUUUGCCUCAUGAAGCAACGGAGACCUCCUGGUUCCCAGUUCUGCAGGAGACUGAGCUCAGAUAACUCCCAAGGCUGGCUUUGAUUUCUCACAUCUGUGUUUUUUGUUCUUUGGUUAAAAUAUUUUAUGUUUCUCCUUUCUUUUAUAGAAUGCAUUCUACAUUCUUACAUUGUAUAUUAAAAUUGAAAUAUGUUCAAGAAUAAUUUGUCCAUGCUGUUAAUUAGAAGUUUAUUAUAAAUAAACUCCCCGUUGUUGGU